AUGAAACAAGAACCACCACCAACUCCGCCGCUACACCACCGCUACCAACGGAAGAGACUGGUGGUUUUUGCCCUAAAGAAGUUCACUAAACCUAUUGCUUAUUUUAUCCUUCUCCUAAUAACCUACUUUCUAGGUUAUCUAUCUGCACCAUUUUCCACCUCAAACAAACCUGUUGUAACAUCAAGAAUUCCUCUAGAAACUAUACCAGCCACCACCUUCAUGUCCUCCACUACCAGAAACUCCGCCGCCGGCACAGUAGCUGACCACAACAGCUUUUCACUUCAGUGCGUGGAUCCAGUUAGCUCGGAAAAAGUCCGCCAAACAGUUCUUGACCGAGUCUUCCAUGGCAAGUCCCCGUGGCAAAACUUCCCCCCUGCGCAUGUUAGCACCUUCCUCCGCCAGAAACGGAUUAGAGGGUGGGGAUCAACCGGCGCAGUCUUUGAGAACCUUGUCCGGCGGGUGAGGCCCAAGACCAUAAUUGAGGUGGGCACGUUUCUAGGCGCGUCGGCUCUUCACAUGGCGAAGUUGACUCGCCAAAUCGGGAUCAAGUCUCAGAUACUCUGCAUCGACGAUUUUCGGGGCUGGCCUGGGUUCUUGGACAAAUUCAGGGACAUAAAAAUGGUGAACGGCGAUGUCUUGCUCAUGCACCAAUUCAUGCAAAAUGUAGUUUAUGCAAAUGCCACCGAGUCAGUCCUAUUCAUGCCAUUCUCCACUGCGUCAGCUCUCGAUAAGCUCUGUGAGUGGGGUGUGUUCGCUGAGUUGAUUGAGGUCGAUGCUGGUCAUGAUUUUCACUCGGCUUGGACGGAUAUAAACAAGGCCUAUAAGAUUUUACGACCCGGUGGUAUCAUUUUUGGGCAUGACUACUUUACUUCUGCUGAUAAUAAAGGCGUUCGGAGGGCGGUCAAUUUGUUCGCUCGACUCAAUAAUCUCCUAGUCGAACUUGACGGCCAGCACUGGGUCAUCAAUUCGAGCUAA